CUAUGCAAGAUACAAAUACCCAAACAUGAGUAAGCAACUUGGGGGUUUCAAGCUGGAAGUUAUGGAAGGGGAGUUCACAGACUCUCAGAUUAUUGUAAUGCUCGGAGAGAAUGGUACAGGGAAAACGACCUUCAUCCGCAUGCUGGCAGGCGCAUUCCCACGUGAAGAGGGUGUUGACUCGGGGAUGCCGGAGUUUAAUGUGUCGUACAAACCGCAAGGCAAUGAUUCGAAGCGCGAGUGUACAGUAAGACAGUUGCUACAUGAUAAGAUCCGUGAUGCAUAUACGCAUCCUCAGUUUGUGUCAGAUGUAAUAAGACCGCUUCAGAUUGAGCCGUUGUUGGAUCAAGUGGUAAAAACUCUGUCGGGUGGAGAGAAGCAGAGGGUUGCCAUUACUCUAUGCCUUGGGAAGCCCGCUGAUAUCUAUCUGAUUGAUGAGCCAAGUGCGCAUUUGGACUCAGAGCAGCGGAUCACAGCUUCAAAGGUGAUAAAACGGUUUAUCCUGCAUGCAAAGAAAACAGCGUUUAUCGUAGAGCAUGACUUUAUUAUGGCGACCUAUCUGGCGGACAGAGUCAUUGUGUACGAAGGACAGCCAGCCGUCAAGUGUAUCGCUCAUUCGCCACAGUCGCUGCUCAGCGGAAUGAACCUCUUCUUAUCG